CGUGGGGCUACAGAAACCAGGGGUGCAGCACCCCCGGGGAUGCAUACUGAGGGUGCUGGGUCCUCAGCCAGAGCCCAGGGCUGGGUGUGGAGGUCAGGCACGCUCUGCCUGCCCGCUGUUUGCCUUGCCCCCCCGCCAGCGCUGCCGGCUAAAUGCCGGGAAGGGGCCCUCGGAGGUUUCAUACCCCCUCCCCAGCUCUUCUCCGGGCUCGGCAAACAGAACACAAGUGGCACCUUGGCAGCUGGGGCGGCCCCAGCCUCCUCCCAUCCACCCGGGACCCUAUAAAUCCCCCCAGCUCCGGCUGGCAAAGGGACAGGAGCCGCACGGUGAAGGAGAGCGAGAUGGACGACAGCUCCAAAGAGGCACUGAUGGAGGAGGCACCUCCGAGGUACACGGCCUCCCCCCGCCUGCCCUGCAUCCCCCAUCAACUCAAGUGCCUCCUGAUCGUGGUGGUGGUGGUGGUCAUCCUCGUGGUGGUCAUCGUCACCUUCCUCCUCCUGGGGCUGCACAUCACCGAGACGCACGCCGAAACGGUCUUGCGAAUGACCAUCCACGGUCUGGAUGGCGAAGGGAACCCCCAGCACCUCUCCAUGAGCAAGAAGGAAAGGACCGGGACGUUCGCCGUACGGGACGGGCUCAACGCCUCCGCCGCGGUGGUGUACGACUACAGCAAGCUGCUGGUCGGCUACAGGUCCUGGCGUCACCGCGCCUGCUACAUCACCCGCCUGGACGAGGACAACAUCCCAGGGCUGGAUGCCGUCACCGAGACCUUCCAGCGCCGGCAGGCUGAGAUGAAGGAGGCUGGGGACAACGCCGUGCCCCUGGCCGACCGCUCCGUCCUGGGCACCACCAUUAACAUCCUCUGCAGCACCGUCCCUGUAUACUGGGCGUAGCGCUGGCUGGGGUCGGCUCCCCAGGGGCACAGGACAGCGAGGUGGGGGUGUCACCGUCCCCACGUUCUCCGUCUUGCCUUCCAGAUGGGAUGCCAGGGCAUGUCUCCUCCUCCCCGGCCCCAUCCUGCGUGCGGCCCCCGGGGCGGCCGCCCCACCGUCGGGUUGCUCCAUCCACAGCCCCUCGGCACCGUGGCUUUCCCACAGCGCUUGCAAUAAACAAGUGGGAUUUGC